AAAACCAUCUUCUCCUUCCAUCGGAGAAUUUCUGCGUCUCCCCAAAUCUUGGACUGUGACGACGAAGACAGUCAUCGAAGCAGCGUGCGAGGAAGAGGAACUAUAGAAUACACACGCUGAGAAGAAGCGCGAGAGAUUCAGAGACGAUAGGCUCAGCGAGGAGAGAAGUCUUUAUUUGCCGAUCCAUCGGAAUGGUGGUGAUUGAUUAGAAUCAGUUUCCAGGAUGGAAAAGUCAUUAUGCAGUGAAGGCCCUGCUGUGCUGCAGUUGCACAAAUGGGAAUCCUCCCAGUUCGAACCUAAUCUGUCAGAAUAUCAUGAGGGUUUUAUAUCUCCAUCAAGGGAGGUGCUAUUGCUACUUUCGUACCAAUCUGAAGGUUUAUUGCUUCCUCUGGUGGCAGCAUCUGGUGGGCCAGAUUCAGAAAACAAUCCAUCUUCUUCUGGAUCAGAUGUAGGUUAUGGUGAUACAGGUUCUGUAAAUAAUUGCAGUUCAAAUUGCAAUGGUUCUUUCAUCUUCGAUGCAAAGUCUGUCACUUGGGGCGCUUGUGGGGAUGCCUAUAAUCAGCAUGAAGAUCCUAUAUUUAGUGAAUUUUUGUUUAUCUCUGGAAACCAUGGAGUUACAGUCCAUGCGUUUUUCUGUUCCGAUGAUUCAAAUGACAGACCUGAGUACAUACCAAAUGGCGAAUUUAGACAAGGGAAGUGGGUUGAGUGGGGACCUUCUAUGCUAAAUCAGAAACUGGAACAGCGAGGAGAGUGUACUUUUGAUGGUUCAAAGAGGUGGAUGCAAUCUUUUUUCACUGACAUGGAAGUUAUUGAAUUUGAGGGUAAAAUACAGUGGAGGUUCCCUGGGAAGUCAUCAUUUCCAUGCUCUGCAAAAGUCGUUUCAUUUAGCAUGUUUAAUGGUGGUGAUUUACUUCUGUGGAAUCAUCUUUCUCAUGGAAAUUCCUUGCUUCGGAAGGAUAGUCUACUGGAGAAAGUCCAUCAUACCCACGAUGAUGGUUUUCCAUUAAAAGAAAAUCCUGAAGCUGAAGUGUCAUCCAGAAAUGAUGUCGUAAAGAGUUUGUAUAGGUGCACCAAAGUAUUCUCCAGCGAUUCUCAAUUUCUGAUUGGGUUUGUUAUAGCAUUAUAUGACUCUGCAAUUGUCUCUAAAAGCAACGAAAAUCAUAGAAAUAGGGGUAAGAAUGUUGUUGUUGUCGCUCAGCUGUUUAGCUGGGGAAUGCGUUGGGUUUCCCUGUUGAAGCUUUGGGAAUCAAAUGUAGAACCAGCAGAUGACUGGGCAGAUUUUCGACUGACCGAUAAACUUGUUAUCUGUCUCAAUGUUCCUGGUUUCAUCUUUCUGUAUGAUGUGAAAUCUGGUGAUUGUGUUGCACACAUGGACAUUUUACAGACAUGUGGGUUGGAUCCUUUAUCAAAUUUGCAAGAGGCAGCUAUGGACGCUAAUCAGGGAGCUGACAUUGUCAAUGUUGUUCACUCCAAGUCCUUGUCUCACAGUGAUGGUUACUUGAACAGAAGAAAGUUUAGGAAAUUGGUUGUUGCUUCACAUACAUCGCUUAUCGCUGCAGUUGAUGAAUAUGGUUUGAUAUUUGUAAUAUGUGCUGGCGAGCUUGUUCCAAAGGAGUGUCGUUGCCAUAUGCCCAUGGAAUCGAUUCCCAGCUUUCAUCAUUUUGGGCUUGGUACCUUGGUUGGCUGGAAAGUCGGUGGCAUGGACAUAGGCUAUCAAAGAGCGUUCCCAGAUUCUUAUAGGUCUCGAGGUAUAAAUAUAUUUUCAGAAUUGGAUCCUAACUUUGCUGCAUCAGGUACCAUAGUGUCUGAUGCGUGUCAGGACGACCAACAUAGCAAUUUUGGUUGGAGAGCCAGUGGCUUUGUUUCAUGGAGGAAUGCUUCUUCUACUCAAUCUAAAACCAAUUUCCAUAGGCAUGGAAAUUUGAAAACAGAGUCUCAUCUCAUGCGGAAGACAAUUCUAUGCACAGACAAACUAGGAUUGGAUGAUAACAUAUGCUUUUCUCCACUGGGGUUCACUCGGUUCAGUAGAAAGCAUGUCGAAAAGGGAAACCAAAUUUGUAAGAUUAUUCAUUUUAGUCUACAGACGAUUUUGACUGUUAAGGAUGAUAGUUGUUUGCAGUAUGGUGACAAAAAGUUUUCUAAUGGAGUAGAAGAGGCUUUUACUGAAGAAUCAGUUGGUUGCUGUUUUCACGGUUUUCUUUACUUGGUGACACGUAGUGGUCUUUCAGUUUACCUUCCUUCCAUGUCAAUCACCUCUAAUUACCCAACUGUAGAGACCAUUGAUUAUCUGCAGCCAAUCUACAAAACAGUCACAAGACUUCAGGGAGGAGAUUGUUUUGGGACAAGGGAAACUGAGUUUCCUUGGCAAGUUGAGGUGAUAGAUAGAGUUAUCUUGUUUGAAGGCCCGAAAGCUGCAGAUCGUGUUUGUUUGGAGAACGGUUGGGACCUGAAAAUUUCUCGUUUACGUCGUCUGCAAAUGGCGUUGGACUACUUAAAAUUUGAUGAUAUCAACGAGUCCCUGGAGAUGCUUGGUGAUGUAAUGCUAGCAGAAGAAGGUGUUUUGAGAUUGCUUUUUUCUGCGGUUUAUCUGUUGUCGCACAAGAAGAAAAGUGAUAACGACAUUUCUGCUUUAUUUAGGUUACUUGCAAUGGUUACAAGGUUUGCUACUAAAAUGAUUCGAAAAUAUGGAUUACUUGAAUAUCAAAAAGGUGGAUUCACGUCGCAUUGCCAACGUAGAACACAUAUUCUCUCACUUCCUCCGAUUUCUGCGUAUCAAGAGGAAAUGGAAAGUUCGAGAAGGUUGUCUGAGAUGUCUUACCUUUUGGAGGUUACCCGGAACUUGCAACACCGAACUGCCAUAAAAUUUAAGAAGCUAGGAAAGGGAGACAAUGAAAAGUCGCUGAAUCUGGUUGAUCCAAAUUCAUUGCAUGAUGAUUCUCAGCUGUCAAUUGUUCCUGGGAAUGCUGCCUCUGUUGAAUCAAUACACGAACAGGGUGCUUAUGUCUCGAGUAGCAAUGAAGAGCAUGCUCUGAUGCCUAUGGAUAUGACGUCCUCAAAAGCUCACUGGGCCCAUGGUGGGUCAAGUGUUGUGUCUGACCUUGUACCUCAAGGACCGUGUGUUGAAAAUAAAGUUCUGCCCCUGGAAAAUCCCAAGGAGAUGAUGACUCGUUGGAAGAGCAAUAAUUUGGAUCUGAAAACUGUAGUUAAGGAUGCCUUGCUCUCUGGCCGACUCCCUUUAGCUGUUCUCCAACUUCAUCUUCAACAUUCGAAGGAAGUGUCUGAAAAUGGAGAGCAACAUGAUACUUUUACUGAAGUUCGCGAUAUCGGAAGAGCCAUUGCUUAUGACCUAUUUUUGAAGGGUGAACCUGGACUUGCCAUUGCAACUUUGCAAAGGCUUGGAGAGGAUGUAGAAGACUGUCUCAAACAAUUGUUAUUUGGCACAGUGAGACGAUCUCUUCGAGAUCAAAUAGCCGAGGAGAUGAGAAGAAAUGGUUACUUAAGACCAUAUGAAUACCAAAUAUUAGAGAGGAUUUCACUUAUUGAGAGGCUUUACCCUAGCAGCCAAUUCUGGAAAACAUAUCUUGCCCGUCAAAACGAACUCCUGAAGGAUCUAUCACCUUCAGAUUCUUCCAGAGAAAUUAGCUUGCACCUAGUGGAGUCAUCCCUGCAUCACAAUCUUACAAUUGAGUGUGGUGAGGUUGAUGGUGUUGUUCUGGGCUCUUGGACAAAAGUAGAAGGUGAAUCUGAUCAUCUGUACAAUGAAGCCGGUGCAUAUGCUGGCUACUGGGCUGCAGCAGCUGUGUGGUCUAACACAUGGGAUCAAAGAACCUUUGAUCGUAUAGUAUUGGAUCAACCUCUAGUUAUGGGUGUUCAUGUUCCAUGGGAAUCACAACUGGAGUAUCAUAUGUGCCACAAUAAUUGGGAUGAAAUCCUCAAGCUGUUGGAUCUAGUUCCUAAGGAUGUUUUAUAUGAUGGAAGCUUGCAAAUUGCUUUGGAUGGUCCAAAACAGUCUUCCGGUGUAAAUUGUUCAAUUUCUACCCACAACGAGUACAUACGCUCUAUCGAAGAAGUGGAUGCGAUAGUCAUGGAUGUUCCAUAUAUCAAGAUACUAAGAUUGCCUGGAGAUAUCGUGUGCUCCUUGUGCCUAACAUUGAUGGAGCAAGAACUUGCGAGGAAAUUUAUAUUUCUAAAGGAAUACUGGGAAACUACAGUAGAUGUUGUGCAUCUUGUGGCUCGUGCUGGAAUCAUCCUUGUUGAUAGCUGCAAAGUUUCAUUUGAGGAUGACUCCUAUAGGCCAUCACUAGAUCUAUGUCUGUCCAAAAAGGAUGGAGGAUAUCAUGAUGAUACCUUUAAGGCUUUACACAAGAUAUUCAUACACUACUGCACAGAAUAUAAACUGCCUAACCUUUUGGAUCUGUACCUCGAUCAUCAUCAACUAGCCCUUGAUAACGAUUCGCUCAGCUCAUUACAGGAAGCCAUUGGUGAUUCUCACUGGGCAAAAUGGUUGCUGCUCUCCAGGAUCAAGGGUCGGGAGUAUGAUGCUUCAUUUUCUAAUGCACGUUCAAUUAUGUCACGUGGCAUGGUACUAAAUGGGGAACUCAGUGUUGCCGAGAUUGAUGAAAUUGUUUGCACUGUUGAUGACAUUGCUGAAGGGGCAGGAGAAAUGGCAGCUUUAGCAACUAUGAUGUAUGCCCCAAUGCCAAUUCAAAAGUGCUUAAAUAGCGGCGGUGUGAGCAGGCAUAGUUCUUCUGCACAGUGCACAUUGGAGAAUUUGAGAUCAUUUCUUCAGAGAUUCCCCACUUUAUGGUCUAAACUUAUUACUGCAUGUUUUGGACAAGAAAUUUCUGGCAACCUUUUACGAACAAAGGCCAAGAAUGCCUUGGCAGAAUAUCUAAACUGGCGUGACAGUGUAUUCUUCUCUGCUGGACGUGAUACUUCACUUUUGCAGAUGUUGCCAUAUUGGUUUCCUAAAGCAGUUCGUCGACUCAUUCAACUUUAUAUCCAGGGACCUCUCGGAUGGCUGUCUUUCUCAGGUUAUCCUACAGGGGAGUAUUUACUGCACAGAGAUAUUGAUUUCUUUAUAAAUGCUGACCAGCCGACUGAGUUAAGUGCCAUCUCAUGGGAGGCAAUAAUACACAAGCAUAUUGAAGAGGAACUUUAUCACACCAAAACUGAGGUAACUGGGCUUGGACUUGAGCACUUCUUGCAUCGUGGACGAGCACUUGCAGCUUUUAGUCAUUUCCUGGGACACAGAGCUGAAAAGCUUAAGCUGGACGAGCAAUCUGCUUCUUCUAUACAUGGUGAAGGAAAUAUACAGUCAGAUGUUCAGAUUCUUCUUGCACCUCUGACAGAGAGUGACGAGUCUCUUUUUUCAUCUGUCAUACCACUUGCUAUUACACACUUUGAGGAUUCUGUGUUAGUUGCUUCAUGUGCCUUCCUUCUCGAGCUUUGUGGUUUAUCUGCCAGCAAGCUUCGAGUAGAUGUGGCAUCCUUAAGAAGGAUAUCAUCCUUCUACAAAUCUAAUGUGGGCACUAAUAUAAUGCGGCAGAGGUUGGCGAAGGGCUCUGUAUUCCAUGCAGUAUCUAGUGAAGGUGAUCUAAUGGGGUCACUAGCUAGGGCACUCGCUAAUGAAUAUGUACAUUCAGAUAUUUCACGUGGCUCCCAGCAAAAGCAUAUUUCAACCUCUGUUCUUGGCACUCAACCUCGACUCCGUGUAAUGCUUGUUCUUCAUCAUCUGGAGCAAGCUAGUCUUCCCCAGAUAGGUGUAGACAUAAAGACAUGUGGAUACUGGCUGUUAACCGGUGAUGGGGAUGGGGAUGAACUACGGGCAAAGCAGAAAGCUGCAAGCCAGCACUGGAGUUUAGUUACUCUUUUCUGUCAGAUGCACCGGCUUCCUUUGAGCACAAAAUACCUUGCCAUGUUAGCAAGAGACAAUGAUUGGGUUGGAUUUUUGGCAGAAGCGCAGCUUGGAGGAUACCCAUAUGAUACAGUGGUCAAUGUGGCAUGGAAGGAGUUUGGUGAUCAACGUUUAAAAGCUCAUAUACUGACAGUUUUGAGAAGCAUCAACUCUAGAAAGAAAGCUACUGCAUCUUAUUCGGAUAAUGCUUUAAAAGACUGGACAAGUUCCUUCUGUGAGGAUGAAACUUAUGCCCCUGCUGAACUCUUUCGGAUUUUGGCUUAUUCUGAGAAGCUUAAGAACCCUGGAAGAUUCCUUCUAAUGAAAGCUAAGGAGUUGUCGUGGUCUAUUUUGGCUCUAAUAGCAUCAUGCUUUCUGGACGUGGCUCCUCUGUCAUGCCUAACAGUUUGGUUGGAAAUUACUGCUGCCAGGGAAACAUCGUCCAUCAAGGUGAAUGACAUAACUUCUAAGAUAGCAGAAAAUAUAGCAGCAGCUGUGGAAGCUACAAAUUCCUUGGCCAUGGAUGCGAGAACUGUUCAGUUUCACUAUAAUCGGAAGAACCCAAAACGGAGACGACUUGUGGUAUCCACAUCUGUGGAUUCAGUUGCUUCAGCUAAGAGUUUAAGCACCUCAAGCGGUACACCAUUUUCUUCUCACAGAACAGAGGUUGCAGACGAUGGAAAAGGUGGAGAUAUCAAUGUUCCAAAUGAUGUAUCUAAUGAGCCUGCUUCACUAUCAAAGAUGGUUGCAAUGCUUUGUGAACAGCACUUGUUUCUUCCUCUGCUAAGAGCUUUUGAAUUGUUCCUCCCUUCUUGCUCUCUGUUGCCGUUCAUCCGUGCUCUUCAGGCGUUUUCACAAAUGCGCCUCUCUGAAGCUUCAGCACAUCUGGGUUCUUUCUCUGCUAGAGUCAAAGAUGAAUCAGUUCAAUUUCAGUUAAAUCAAGCGAAAGAAGUCAAUUUUGGGGCUACCUGGAUCAGCACAACAGCUGUUAAAGCUUCUGAUGCUGUUCUAUCAACAUGUCCAUCACCAUAUGAGAAAAGAUGCCUGCUACAACUUCUUGCUGCAACUGAUUUUGGCGACGGGGGUUCUGCGGCAACAUCCUAUCGACGGUUUUACUGGAAAAUUAAUUUGGCCGAGCCGUCACUUCGACUUGAGAAUGACCUGGGCUUGGCAAGUGAGGCUCUUGAUGAUGGUUCUCUUCUCACUGCACUUGAAAAGAAUAGGCAGUGGGAGCAAGCACGUAACUGGGCCAAGCAACUUGAAACCAUUAGUGGGCCUUGGACAUCUUCUGUCCACCAUGUUACUGAAACUCAGGCAGAAUCCAUGGUUGCGGAAUGGAAAGAGUUUCUUUGGGAUGUUCCUGAAGAGAGAAUCGCCUUAUGGGGUCACUGCCAAACUCUGUUCAUUAGAUACUCUUUCCAUUUUUUAAAACCUGAUCUCCCUGCGGGUUUGUUUUUCCUUAGACAUGCAGAAAUGGUGGAGAAAGAUCUCCCUUCACGAGAAGUCUACGAGUUAUUACUGCUAUCCCUUCAGUGGUUGAGUGGAAUGAUUACCCAAUCACACCCGGUUUAUCCUUUGCAUCUUCUGCGAGAAAUCGAGACUAGGGUGUGGCUGCUGGCAGUAGAAUCAGAGGCGCAGGUGAAAAAUGAAGGGGGAUUUAGUCCAAGUGGUACCAGCAAAGACACCAACGGAAAUAGUUUGAGUAUUAUCGACCGUAUUGCAAAUAUUAUUACAAAAAUGGACAAUCAUAUUAAUUCAAUGAUGAAGAACAGAAUUGGUGAAAAACAUGACUCUAGGGAUCCUGGACAAGCACAUCAAAGAAACCAUGUGUCCGAUAUGAGCUCUUUGACAUCUGGUGCAAGCACAAAGACCAAACGAAGGGCUAAAACACCCAUUUCAUCAAGACGGCAGUUUAUGGAAUUUCUGGAUAAGCCCGACUUUGAAGAUGCACCAUCUGCUCUAAACAACAGAAGCGAGGUUCAUCUUCAAGAGGAAAUCACGGGAAUCGAAAUGUCCUUCUCAAAGUGGGAGGAAAGAUUAGGACCUGCAGAAUUGGAAAGGGCUGUUCUUUCUCUAUUGGAAUUUGGACAAGUAACAGCUGCAAAGCAACUUCAGCAUAAGCUUUCUCCAGGAAAUACACCUUCUGAGCUGAUAAUUGUGGAUGCUGCUAUGAAGCUAGCAAUGAUUUCUACCCCUUGCAAUCGAGUACCACUGUCAACGCUAUACGAGGAUGUUCGUUCUGUCAUCCAAUCAUACAGUAUAAAAGUUGAUCAUCCUAUGGUCGAACCGCUGCAGGUUUUGGACAGUCUAUCAAAUCUUUUAAAUGAAGGUAGUGGACGGGUAUUGGUGAGAAAGAUAAUUGCGGUUGUAAAAGCUGCAAAUGUCUUGGGCCUUACAUUCACUGAGGCAUAUCAGAAGCAGCCAAUAGAAUUGUUACGGCUAAAUUUUCUNNAAGCCCAAGAUUCAUUUGAAGAAGCAUAUCUACUUAUUCAAACCCAUUCCAUGCCUGCUGCUAGUAUCGCUCAGAUUCUUGCAGAAUCCUUUCUGAAGGGCUUACUGGCAGCUCAUCGUGGAGGGUAUAUUGAUUCUCAGAAGGAGGAAGGUCCUGCUCCGCUUCUGUGGAGAUUUUCAGAUUUUCUGAAGUGGGCAGAGCUCUGUCCUUCCGAACAAGAAAUUGGUCAUGCAUUAAUGCGUCUUGUGAUCACUGGGCAAGAAAUACCGCAUGCCUGUGAAGUUGAGCUCCUUAUCCUCUCUCAUCACUUCUACAAGUCGUCCACAUGUCUUGACGGAGUCGAUGUCCUUGUAGCACUUGCUGCCACUAGGGUUGAGGCUUAUGUCACUGAGGGUGACUUCUCAUGCUUGGCUCGCCUAAUUACCGGAGUUGGCAACUUCCAUGCUCUUAAUUUCAUUCUCAGUAUUUUAAUCGAAAAUGGGCAGCUUGAUCUAUUACUGCAAAAGUUUUCCGCUGCUGCUGAUGCGAUCACUGGCACUGCCCAGGCUGUCAGAAGUUUCCAGAUGGCUGUUCUGACCUCGUUGAAUCUCUUUAACCCAAAUGACCAUGAUGCAUUUGCUAUGGUGUUUAAGCACUUUGACAUGAAGCACGAAACAGCUGCUUUGCUAGAAGCCUGUGCGGACCAGGCUGCACAGCAAUGGUUUCUACGGCAUGACAAGGAUCAGAACGAGGAUCUCCUCGAUUCAAUGCGUUACUACAUAGAAGCUGCCGAAGUUCAUUCUUCUAUCGAUGCUGGGAAUAAAGCACGCAGAGCUUGCGGCCAGGCUUCCCUCGUCUCCCUUCAAAUAAGGAUCCCAGAUUCAAGGUGGCUCCAUUUAUCCGAAACAAACGCGAGAAGAGCACUAGUGGAGCAAUCCCGUUUCCAGGAGGCUCUGAUCGUAGCGGAGGCAUACGGUCUUAACCAGCCGAGCGAAUGGGCUCUGGUGCUUUGGAACCUGAUGCUGAAACCAGAACUAGCGGAAGAAUUUGUAGCUGAAUUUGUGGCGGUGCUCCCUCUACAGCCUUCGAUGCUAAUGGAGCUGGCGAAGUUUUACAGAGCGGAGAUGGCAGCAAGAGGCGACCAGUCUCAGUUCUCGGUUUGGCUGACAGGAGGGGGAUUACCGGCCGAGUGGGCCAAGUACAUGUGGAGAUCCUUCAGGUGUUUGCUGAAGAGAACCCGGGACUUGAGGCUACGCCUUCAGCUCGCAACGACUGCAACCGGGUUCUCGGACAUUGUGGAUGCAUGCAUGAAAGCUUUGGAUAAGGUCCCUGAGAAUGUUGGACCCCUUUUGCUCAAGAAAGGACAUGGAGGAGCUUAUCUGCCACUCAUGUGAAAUGCAAAUCACCCAAAGAUUGAAAAGGUAUGUACCAAUCAAUUAGUCAAUAAUAACAGUGACUGGUACGAAGAUAGUGUUGGGAAGUUGACCAAAGCAAGGCGCCUAAACGUCCUUGAAGGGUUUUGCCGAUCGAAUUUUUGUGGUGGCAAAUUGGCCUUUGGUGUUGUGGUUGUGGGAAUUGAAGUGUGUGUGUUGUUGAAUCCCCCAUUCUUUCUUUUUUUUUUUUUUGAAACUUUGAGAUAUUUUUGGCCAUGAGAGAGAGAGAGAGAGAGAGAGAGAGGUAUAUUUGUACAGUGUAAUAACUGUCUUUAUGCAAAUUUCGAUCGACAUGCUUUGUUCAAUGAUUUCUUGACUGUA